AUGGCCGUCGCCAGCAUUCUCGGACAGUACAAACGGGCACAACCCUCUGCUGCCAUGACCAAAGAGGGAACAUCAAAGAACGAAACCCGCAGCAAGCCCUUGGGCCCCUCUCAUGACUACCAACGAUUGAAGAAGCUCAACUCUCAGCAGGCUCUUGACAACCCAGAUUGGCGAACGCGCCCUUCCGACUCCAGUGGCUCGUCGACUCGGGACGACGAACAGAAGCUGCGCGCCCUGAUCGGUGCUGCGAAGCAGUGGUCUGAGGUGGAAGCCUCCCCCAUCACUCCAUCAGCCGUGGACAAGGGCCACAGGAGACGCUCAUACGGCCCUCAGCCAACCACUGACUCGUCCCAAGAUGGUGCGACCGACAGCGAGUCGAAACACAAAAGGCGCAAUGUGUAUUCUCUGUCAUCAGAGUUGGAGCCCGCAAUCGUCAAGACCAUGAACGAGGAAAAGCCCGUCCAGUACGAGGUGUUGAAGCAGAUCUGCCUCUCGUCCUCGCGUGAGCAUCCCUUGAGCCUCUUUGAAGUCGUCCCUCUCGGCACAGUCUCUGGCUACCUGUCGCCAUCCGUCGUCGACAUUCGGCCCCUGAAGGAAAAUGUCGCACCGAGGAGAUCAUACACUGCUCAGAGUGAGCACAUGUCAGCGGCACUCAUGGUUGCCGGGAACACGCCCAACAAGGUUCGAGUCCUCCCAAAGCCUCCUGUGCACAAGGAAGAAGCACAGAAGAAGUAUACCACCCCGGACCGGCUGCAACAACGGAGCAAGGCCACUGAGCAACCGGAAACGUCUAUUACGCCAAAUAACAGGAGCGAUCCUCGUUCCAAUGAGCGGCUGUCUCCUGGCCAGACAGCACGUUUGGUGACCGAAGGAGGGCCUGCGGCAGCGGCCGAGGCCGAGCGAGACCAGGCCUUUCGGCGAUUUCUCAGAAGACUAGUCCAAAAGAACAAGGGCUUGCAGACUGAGAAGCCUCAGCAACGGACUGUUGGGUAUCAUGGCAAUGCAAAAGAAGACGAUCGACAGGGUUCAACUGACACCUGCGUGCUACGAAAUCGGGUCAAUGGGAGCGAUGGACGGAAAGAGAUUGCUUCGACAUACUUCAUGAACCAUCAGGCACGAAGCUCCGAGAUCUCUCCCAAGGACAAGCGAGCACGUCUUCCGGCUGGGGAAACUGUCAAGUUCAAGGACUUGAAUCCCAAGGCACGAGAGUUUCUGUCUUUUGUUAACCAAAGCCCCAACGCAGGGAACGGCAGCACGUUGGCUUAUCACCCGCUUCCACCUCUUCCAACCCAGGUAGCAAAGCCUGUCGUCGACAAGAAUGGGCAGCCUGAUGCCCCGUCUCUUUCCGGGUCUGGUCUGCCCAAUAUUUCUCCUCCUCCAGGACUCGGUCUGCCUAAUGUCCCUCCCCAUUUGGCGAUUGGGCUGCCCACUGGUUCUACGUUUCAGCAGCAGCAACUGCCACCACCAUAUGGGUUUAUGCCGUCUGCUGCCCCUGAUACGACGAUAGAGUCCAUGGCUUUCAACAACUCGAUACCAGGAAGAUUGGUGCCGCUACCAAUGACCACGGAUCACUCAGGGGGCCCAUUUCAGGCGCCUGCUAUACCAAUGCCGCCGCUGCCUCCGCUCCUCCCAGCAAUGUUUAGACCGCAGACGGUGAUGCAAAACAUGAUGGGAAAUACAAGCACAUGGGGCUUUCCGCCGGCGCCGAUGACGAGUGCUGCGUACCCCUGGAUGGGUGGUUCCAUCAGCCCAGGCUUCAACAUGCCUCCAUACCAGAUGCCGUCCAUGGCGGACAUCCACCAGCCACCGCAGCCGGUGCCCAAGCCUCGGCGUCCUGAUCCAGGAGAUCAACAGGCAUACGAGGCGUGGAUCGAGUGGCGCAAGGCCAACGAGCCGGGCUAUGCCCUCGAGUGCCGUCUCCGACAACAGCGACGAGCUCAGCGGAGCAUGACGGACAGGGGAGGGAGCAAGCACACCAUGCAGAAGAGCGAAGCUUCUGCUGCGUCGUGA